CCUAGUCUAACCUGAGGUGUGUCAGCUGUAUGCAAGUGUCAAUCAGUAUCAGUACAAUUUUUGUAAAUGCAGAUGUUUAUCAGGUAAAGGGCAUAAAGCAAUUGUGAACACGAAUUAGGAAAUUAAUCAAGAUGAGAUUCAGAUUUCUUGGCGAUGGCGACUGCCCUGACUGGUUGUUGGCGGAAAUCAAUACGCUUUCACGAAUGACCUCAAUUAAAAUGAAAAUGCUAGGCCAAGCAGUAGCUAAAUAUUUAGCCGAAGGAGAACUUGACGAGGAAAAAGUGAAAAAGAUUACACAAGACGCUAAACUUGAUGCAAGCGAUGGGAAAGCGAUGGUAGCCGCUCUCGAAUUGAUCUUUACAUCUUCCGCCCGAUACGGCGUUUCUGCCGCUGACUUGAGUAGCGAGUUGCAACAAUUGGGAUUGCCACGAGAGCACAGCACGGCUGUAGCAAGAAUUCAUACAGAUCACUGUUCUCAGAUCACGGCUGUUCUUUCAUCGCAAUCACUCAGAGUCAGUCGUUUGUCGUCCAUUGAAGUGUUAUCUUGCGAUAGCGCCUCGCCUGUUUCUACUGUGGCAUUAAAGUUAAAGAAAAUAGAUGGCAAUGAAGAAGAUUCCACUAUAAAUAUCUCGAAGGACGAUGUGCAAGUGUUACUAAAGGAGUUGAAAAGGGCACGAGCUCUAAUGGAAAAUUUGUGAAUAUAUGUAUUAUAAAUAAGAUAUAAUAUAUAAUGUCUUUAAUAUGUCUUACUAAAUUUACAAUGAUUUAUUAUUAAUAAUAUUUGAUAUUUGUCU